AAAAUGUCGCUCAAUUCGGGCGCUCGUGGAUUUCGACGCGCACCGUCCCUAGUCCGCAACACUUUGGAACAGGUGAAAAAUCGCUACGACAGCUUACAGGCACGGCUCGAUGCAAUCACUUUCCCGGAACGGUACAAAGGCACGAUACUGGAGAAAUGGGCCAUGUACUGGAAAAAUCUCGUCAUCGAUUACAAGGAAAUGGUCAUCGAUACGGGACGUACGAUGCGGGAUCGGCCCGUUCGAAGUGGUGUAUACGUGUCCCUGCUAGCCGGCAGCCUGUAUGCUGGUGCACGCAAUCCGACCGAGUCCGAUUUCUACGACCAGUUCCGGCGAUCUUACAAUGAGCUGUCGCUGGUGCAUCCAAUCUGUCAAAAUCCGAUCGCUUCACAGCACUUAACGUUUCUCGAACGGUGUCACAACGAGGGCAUCUUGAGGCGAUUGUCGCUGGGCGUCGUGUCGUUUAUGUGGCUCGAUAAUUACGACAAAGGGUUGGCCAUCUAUAAAGCGAUUUGUCCGUAUCUACAGCCACGAUACUUGACCUUUCACGAGCGUGUAAUCGACGUCGGAUUCAACGGAAAGUUUUGGAUAUUGGAACGAAAAAUGGUAGACUACGAUAUCAAUGAGGAUAAUUUAUGAAAUUGGAAA